GUCAGGUGGAACUUUUUCACGUUUACGUUCGUGUCAUCGUUCUAAUUUGAUUAUCAAAUAUGGACUUCAGGUUUGUAGCAGAGCUGGUUUGUAGAAGACGUAGGACAGAGGUUUUAAAAUAGACGCAUGCUGGCAGUAAAGAUCUGAAGAGCUGUGAACAAAUCACUGUGUUCCAUCAGACAGUUACUCAUCUGUCAUGAGGCCGAUUUUCACUCUUCUGUGUUUCGCAGGUGCUGUGCUGCUGACUGUAUCCACGCUGCCGACGUUCCGCCAUAAAUAUCACCUGAUAAUGACCCGUAAGACCUGGUUUCAGGCACAGAACUACUGCAGGGUGAUGUACACUGACCUGGCAACCAUCCAAAGUACUGAUGAUUGGAAUAUCCUGACAGAACUAGUGGAGAGCAUGAACCUGAAGGAUCCUGCCUGGAUCGGAUUAUACAACGAUUUCAAUAGCUGGCGCUGGUCUUUAGACGACCUUCCACUGAAGAAUAUUACUCUGAGGAAAUGGUCCUCUGGGGAACCCAAUAACGCCAAUGGGGAUCAAUCAUGUGUUUAUAUUAAUUAUCUGGGAAAGUGGUUUGAUGAAUCCUGCAUAGAUAUUAAACCGGUUAUAUGUUUUAACGCGAAUAACAGUGGUCCCGACCGGUUCGUCAGUGUCUCCAGUCCUCAGAUGAGCUGGACCGAAGCUCAGACUUACUGCAGAACAUUUCACACUGAUUUGGCCAGUGCACUCAACCAAACCGACAACAACCUGUUACAGCAGAUGGCAAAUGACCAGGGAGCCUCCUGGAUCGGACUGUUUAGGGACACUUGGAAGUGGUCGGAUGGGAUCGAGCCUACUAAUCUCCUGUGGUAUCCAACACAACCUAAUAAUUAUUAUGGAAAGGACAACUGUGGAGAUCUUUAUGGGGGAGGGUUUACUGAUCGAGAUUGUGCAGAACCUGCUUACUCCAUCUGUCACACUCUUAUCCCGAUGAAGGAACGACAGGUGAUGAGGCUGCAGGUGAAGUCCGAUGGCCGUGUGUUUGAUCCUGAUGUGCAGUCGUCUAUUUUAGAGCAGAUCAAGAAGAAACUGGAGGAAAACGGCGUGAUGGACAUCACAGUGAUGUGGAGGGUUCAGCCAGACGGAAACAUCUUUAAGAAGAAGAACAAAGACCUGUAAUGUGUAAACUAUCUCAUGUUAGAAUUUUAUUUAUCUAUUUAUCUCCUCAAAUCCUCCAAAUCUGAAAUACUGAAAGU